UGAACUCGGAGAGACGCGCAUCAUAAAGCUUGUGAGAGCGCGCAACAUCAGUCUCUCCAGCAGCGCGCGGGCAGCAUGCAGCUGUAGCGUCUCGUGUCGGCGGUUUUCAAAGACUGAAGUGAGAGACUAAUGACUAACGGGAGAGGCUGGAACUAAUCAGCAUGUCACAUGUACAUCUAUUUACUCAGAGAGUCGCUAUCUUUAUCCAUCUAGUUUUCUAGACACUUGGAGAAUGCGUUAAGAUCGGGACAACAUCACGGAUUCGUGUACCAGCAACUGCCUAUAACACAACAGAUUAUUUAUCUACUCAACGCAAGAGGAUCGAUAGUUUCUCAAGACAGAUAUGAGCACCAGCGAUGCGAAGGAAUAUCUCUCCAGAAGAGAGAUACCACUACUCUUUGAGAGUCUGUUGACUGGUCUGGUGUACUACCGACCGGAUGACCCAAUAGACUAUCUAGAGACCUGUCUUAAAAAGGUGAGGGAGCUCGGCGGAACUGACAAAGUUCGGUGGGACACAUUCGUUGGACAGGAGAAGAAGUCUUUACCGCCUCUCAAUGGUGGGCAGUCACGACGUUCUUUUUUCCGAAAUGUUCUCCCAGACAGCCCCAACUUCCCCUAUCGGAGGUACGACCGCCUCCCACCUAUCAACCAGUUCUCCAUAGAGAGUGACUCAGACCUGUCGGAGACAGCGGAGCUCAUAGAGGAGUAUGAAGUGUUUGACCCUUCUAGACCCAGACCCAAAGUCAUCCUCAUCAUAGGUGGCCCAGGCAGUGGUAAAGGGACACAAUGUCUGAAGAUCGCCAAGCGCUAUGGCUUUGAAUAUGUGUCAAUGGGUGAGCUACUCAGGAAGAAGAUGAUCCAUAAUGCCACCAGCAACAGGAAGUGGAGUCUGAUUGCCAGGAUCAUCACCAAUGGGGAACUGGCACCACAGGAAACAACCAUAACCGAGAUCAAGCAGAAGAUCAUGAAAAUUCCAGACGCCAGUGGAAUAGUUAUAGAUGGCUUCCCUCGAGACGUGGCACAGGCUCUCUCUUUUGAGGACCAGAUCUGUACUCCAGACCUGGUGGUGUUUUUGGCCUGCUCGAAUCAGCGUCUGAAGGAGCGGCUGGAGAAGCGUGCAGAGCAGCAGGGUCGCCCAGAUGACAACCCUAAAGCCAUCGAUCGACGCUUGACUAAUUUCAAACAGAAUACCAUCCCCCUGGUCAAAUACUUCCAGGAGAAAGGCCUCAUCGUCACACUUGAUGCAGAUCGAGAAGAAGAAGAAGUCUUCUAUGACAUCAGUAUGACAGUUGACAACAAACUAUACCCGACCAAAGAACCUGUUGCAGGACCCAGUGAGCUUGACCUCUGUCUUCUCGCAGACCGCAGUAGUCUGGCAGAUACCAAAUUUGACGAACAGUCUGAUGAAGAGGUGGCUGGAUAUGCAGAGGCUAUUGCAGAAAGUUUUCCAGUGGAAAGCAAGAAACCAAAGGUCAUCUUUGUGAUCGGUGGUCCGGGAUCGGGAAAGGCUUUGCAGUCGGAGAAGAUCGAGGAACGAUACAGUUUGAAACGCCUUUGUCCCGGGGACAUCCUGUGCAGCGAGCUGCAGUCACACAGCGAGAGGGGACGGUUUCUCCGAGACCUCCUGGAAAGAGGAGAGCAGCUUCCUGAGGACACACUGCUGGAUCUGUUGUGUGAGUCCAUGGCAUCCACUGUGCGUCAAGGGAAGGGCUUUCUGGUCACUGGCUUCCCGAAGAAUGUAAAACAGGCGCAAGAAUAUGAAGACAAGAUAGGGCAGCCUGAUAUAGUGCUGUUACUGGAAUGUUCUGCAGACAUCAUGAGCAGACGGCUGCAGCAGAGGGCCAGCUGCAGUCUGCACACUAAAGAAGCUCGAGACAGAGACACUCGCCGUAGAGUAGAUGGAUUCUGCAGUCUGGUCAAUCCAGUGAUCGGUCACUAUAAACACAGAGAAAUUCUACACAAGAUUGAUGCUGAGCAGCUACCGGAAGAUGUCUUUGAGCAGAUCUGUCUGGUCUUGGACUCCUGCUAGAGAUUUUGGAAUCGCACUGCCCCCUGGAGGACUCAACCACCACAUACAGGUCUAAUGCAGACUGACUUGCAUUAAUCAUUUACACUACUACUCAACACACACUCACAUAACAGCUUCUGUCAAGUCCACUUGAAAAACUACCAACCAGCUGCAGGCUCCCGGCAACCUUUCAUUUCACGCCAACCUUCUUCACUGUAUAUACCAGCGUACUAAAUCUACCCAUGGCACACCAAAUGUGUUUCUCUCUUGGUACUGAACAUUUAUGCUAAAUGCUAUUAAGUGGUACAGCUCUGCUCUGUACAUGUUGUGUACAUUCACAAUAUGUUUAUUACUAAAUUUACUAAACAUGUUUAGUUUGUUUACUGCAGUCUGAUGGAAAGUUAUGGUGUCUUUUGACCAUGUCACUUAACCAGUAUUUUAACCUUGAGUACUGGAAUCAGCUAAACAGAUCGGGAUGAAAGAACCAGCAACUGGAGAGUGUUUUUAUAAAUAAUUUAUGUAAUUUCAUGCUUUACAUUGUGCCAAGCAUGCCACAAUAGUAAUUUAUUGCCAUUGUAUGCUUAAUUAAAUGCAGGAUUGACUGAGCUAAAGGAGGAAACAGUUAUAGUCUGGGUACAGUUAUUAUAAAUGUAUUAAUUUCACAAUGCGGUCUGAUAACUGUAUUCUUCCUUAUCAAGCAGAGUGAAAUAAAGA